UUUUUUUUCUUUUCGUUUUUUGUCCAUUUUUCCCGUUUACUGCAGUUGUUGAGCAGGGGAACUGAUUAUUAAGACUGCCGAUGAUGUGAUGUCUCCAGACUGAGCAGCACCUUGCCAUGGAAGCAACUGUACGGUGUGUGAGAACGUGUGGACUGAGAAGAAGAGCUGCUGUCUGAGAAAGGCUGUCUGUCCCAGAUAAGUGGAGCAUGCAUGAGACCUGCGGAGCUCCUCUCUCCAUGCCGCCGCCGCCGCCGCCGCUGCUGCUGCCGCCGUUGCCUCCUGUGAGCUGAGCCGCAGAGGAGCCCCAAUCACAGCCUCCGCACUUAACGCUCCUUCUCUCCCGCUGCCUCGCUGAUUUUGGCACUGCCGUCAAAACGUCCAACCUGCUUUCUGCUUCCUCGGGGAAAAAAGGUGAGAAGAUGACUGAUGAAGAUCAUUGAGAUCUGCAGGUGUGGACAUUUAUAAAUACAGUCGUUGGUACCGAGUGUGGAGAGGCCAACCAAGCAAAGCAUGAUGUCAGCCUCAGAUUGGAAAAUACAAGCUUUCUUUUGCUUGGUUUUCACACUGGCUCAUUUACCGUGUUCUGAAGGGUUUAGCCGUGCAGCACUGCCAUUUGGCUUGGUGAGGAGAGAGCUAUCUUGUGAGGGUUAUCCCAUUGACCUACGCUGUCCAGGAAGUGAUGUCAUCAUGAUUGAGAGUGCCAACUAUGGCAGAACAGAUGACAAGAUCUGUGAUGCUGACCCUUUUCAGAUGGAAAACAUUAACUGCUACCUCCCUGAUGCCUACAAAAUUAUGUCACAAAGGUGCAACAAUCGAACCCAGUGUGUUGUGAUUACUGGGUCAGAUGUCUUCCCUGACCCCUGCCCAGGGACUUACAAAUACCUUGAGGUCCAGUAUGAAUGUGUUCCAUACAAAGUGGAACAAAAAGUUUUUGUUUGCCCUGGAACUCUGAAAGCUGUUGGUGAUGCUUCCUUCCUCUUUGAGGCGGAGCAACAAGCAGGGGCUUGGUGUAAAGACCCUCUCCAAGCAGGCGACAAAAUCUAUUUCAUGCCCUGGACUCCUUACCGCACUGACACCUUGAUUGAGUAUUCUUCGCUCGAAGACUUUCAAAAUGCUCGUCAGACCACUACAUAUAAGCUGCCUCAUCGGGUGGAUGGUACAGGAUUUGUGGUUUAUGAUGGUGCUGUAUUUUUUAAUAAAGAGAGGACCAGAAACAUUGUAAAGUUUGACCUGAGGACCAGAAUUAAAAGUGGAGAGGCCAUAAUCAACAAUGCAAACUAUCACGACACCUCUCCCUACAAGUGGGGCGGAAAAACUGACAUUGAUCUGGCCGUGGAUGAAAACGGCCUGUGGGUUAUUUAUGCCACUGAGCAGAACAAUGGCAUGAUUGUCAUCAGUCAGCUGAACCCCUACACACUUCGUUUUGAGGCAACGUGGGAGACUGUUUACGACAAGCGCUCUGCCUCAAAUGCCUUCAUGAUCUGUGGAGUACUAUAUGUAGUGAGGUCCACCUAUGAAGAAAAUGAGAGUGAAGUCAGCAGAAGUAUGAUAGAUUACAUUUACAACACAAAACAAAACCGGGGGGAGUUUGUGGAUAUUCAAUUUCCCAACCAGUACCAGUACAUUGCGGCUGUGGAUUACAAUCCAAGAGACAACCAGCUUUAUGUGUGGAAUAACUUCUACAUAUUAAGGUAUAAUCUAGAGUUUGGACCACCUGACCCUGCUCAAGUGCCAACUUUUUCGGAUACCACAAUUACACUUGAACCCCCUAAAACAACCACAACGACCACAACCACAACUUCACAGAGGGGCCUAGAGAACACCACCACCACAGCUGGUCCGAAAGAAGGAAAUAGAGGCCCAAAAGCACCACCAGAAUCCCCCAAAACCACAGUCCCACCAUCUGCCGAUUCAUUUCCCUUGCCGGAAAGGUUUUGUGAGAGCACGGAAAAAAGGGAUAUACUGUGGCCCCAAACUCAGAGAGGCAUGUUGGUAGAGAGACCUUGUCCAAAGGGAACUAGAGGUACUGCUUCCUACCUGUGUGUGCUCGCUACUGGGGCAUGGCACCCAAAGGGCCCUGAUCUCAGCAACUGCACAUCCCACUGGGUGAAUCAAGUGGCUCAAAAGAUCAGAAGUGGUGAAAAUGCUGCUAACCUUGCAAAUGAGUUGGCCAAACACACCAAAGGGCCAAUAUUUGCUGGUGAUGUGAGUUCAUCGGUUAGACUGAUGGAGCAGCUGGUGGAUAUCUUGGAUGCCCAGCUGCAGGAGUUGAGGCCCAGUGAGAAGGACUCUGCAGGCCGGAGUUUUAACAAGCUUCAAAAACGAGAAAGGACUUGCAGGGCAUACAUGAAGGCAAUUGUGGAUACAGUUGACAAUCUACUGAGACCUGAAGCCCUAAAAUCCUGGCAAGACAUGAACUCCACAGAGCAGACCCAUGCCGCGACAAUGUUACUAGAUACCUUGGAGGAGGGAGCCUUUGUACUAGCUGACAAUCUAAUGGAGCCUGCAAUCGUGAAAGUACCUGCAGAGAAUAUAAUCUUAGAUGUUUAUGUGCUCAGCACGGACGGCCAGGUGCAGGAUUUCAAAUUUCCCCAGACCAGCAAGGGUGGUAUUUCUCUCCAGCUGUCUUCCCAUACAGUCAAGGUCCACAGCCGAAAUGGUGUUGCAAAGUUGGUGUUUGUUCUGUACAAAAACCUUGGACAGUUCCUCAGCACAGAAAAUGCCACAAUUAAAUUUGGCAAUGAGGCUAACAGACAAAACCAUUCUGUCGCUGUGAACUCUCACAUUAUUGCAGCCUCAAUCAACAAAGAGUCCAGUCGUGUGUUUAUUACGGAACCCGUGAUUUUUACCCUGGAGCACAUCGAUACGGAUCACUAUUUCAAUUCAAAUUGCUCCUUCUGGAACUACUCAGAGAGAAGUAUGAUGGGAUAUUGGUCCACCCAGGGCUGCAAACUACUUGAUGCCAACAAGACACACACAACCUGCUCAUGCAGCCAUCUUACCAACUUUGCUAUUCUUAUGGCUCACCGUGAAAUUGUUGGCAAAGAUGGAGUGCACGAGUUGCUCUUAACUGUCAUCACCCGGGUGGGAAUUAUCAUCUCUCUGGUUUGCUUGGCCAUAAGCAUCUUCACUUUCUGCUUUUUCCGGGGCUUGCAGAGUGAUCGCAACACCAUCCACAAAAACUUAUGCAUCAACCUCUUCAUUGCUGAGUUAAUUUUUCUAAUUGGUAUCAAUAUGACAGAAUCCCGGAUUGGCUGUUCCAUAAUAGCUGGAAUUUUACAUUUCUUCUUUUUGGCUUCAUUUACCUGGAUGUGUUUGGAGGGCAUACAGCUGUACCUUAUGCUGGUUGAAGUUUUUGAGAGUGAAUAUUCACGCAAGAAAUAUUACUAUGUUUCUGGCUACCUUGUUCCAGCGAUAAUUGUGGGUGUGUCUGCAGCUGUUGACUACCGUAGUUAUGGGACAAAGAAUGUGUGUUGGUUAAGGGUUGACAAUCACUUCAUAUGGAGCUUCAUAGGACCAGUGACAUUUAUUAUCACGCUAAAUCUCAUCUUUCUUGUCAUAACCAUGUACAAAAUGGUGAAGCACACCACCUCACUGAAACCGGACUCCAGCAGGUUGGAAAAUAUCAAUAAUUAUCGUGUUUGUGAUGGCUACUAUAAUACCGAUUUGCCUGGCUAUGAAGAUAAUAAGCCAUUUAUCAAGUCCUGGGUUAUUGGUGCUUUUGCAUUACUUUGCCUACUGGGGUUGACUUGGUCAUUUGGUUUGUUUUUUCUCAAUGAAUCCUCUGUGGUCAUGGCUUAUCUCUUCACAAUAUUCAACACCUUUCAAGGAAUGUUCAUCUUUAUAUUCCACUGCCUCCUCCAGAAAAAAGUUCGUAAAGAGUACACCAAAUGCUUUCGCCACAAUUAUUGCUGUGGCGGAUUGCCAACAGAGAACUCCCACAGUUCAGCAAAGACAUCAGCCACGAGGACUACUGCUCGCUACUCCUCUGGCACCCAGAGUCGUAUCAGAAGAAUGUGGAAUGACACUGUAAGGAAGCAGUCUGAGUCUUCCUUUAUCUCAGGUGACAUCAACAGCACGUCUACCCUUAACCAAGGGAUGACGGGCAAUUAUCUACUAACAAAUCCUCUUCUUCGACCACAAGGCACUAACAACCCAUAUAACACCUUACUUGCUGAAACGGUUGUAUGUAACAGUCCCACGGCUCCAGUGUUUAACUCUCCAGUGACCUACAGAGAGACAAGAAAUUCACUGAACAAUGCCAGGGAAGUAAAUGCAAUGGAUACUCUACCGCUAAAUGGUAAUUUCAACAACAGUUACUCUCUUCGUAAUGGGGACUAUGGUGAAAGGGUUCAAGUUGUGGACUGUGGACUCAGCCUGGAUGAUGCAGCAUUUGAGAAAAUGAUUAUCUCCGAGCUUGUGCACAACAACCUCAGGGCUUGCAGCAAGAGCCAGAACAUGGAGAGAACUUCAACCAAAGUUGCUGUGGGAGGUAGUAGCAGUGAUGAUGAUGCUAUCGUAGCUGAUGCCUCAUCUUUGGUGCAUAGCGACAACCGUGUUCUGGAGCUGCAUCACAAGGAACUGGAGGCCCCACUGAUCCCCCAACGGACUCACUCACUUCUGUACCACCCUCAGAAGAAAGUGAAGACAGAGGGUAUAGACAGCUACAUGUCUCAGCUCACAACUGAGACAGAGGACAAUCUUCAGUCCCCCAACAGAGACUCCCUGUACACUAGUAUGCCAAACUUAAGAGACUCUCCCUACCCUGAGAGUAGUCCUGAUGCUGAUGAGGACCUCUCUCCUUCUAAAAGGAGUGAAAAUGAGGAUGCGUAUUACAAGAGCAUGCCUAAUCUAGGAGAUGGACAUCAACUUCAGGCUUACUACCAGAUUAGCAGAGGCAAUAGUGAUGGGUAUAUCAUUCCUAUUAAUAAAGAAGAAAGCAUCCCCGAGGGAGAAGUGAGGGAAGGACAGAUGCAGUUGGUAACAAGUCUUUAAAAUCACUGAGAUUCCCCUGCCAACCAAACUUCCUGAAAGAGGGGACAUUAGUGGCAUUGGAAGAUUUUCCAAAACAUCAUGGUGUUCUUCUGACCUUGACUUUGCCUUCAUGCUCUUUCCAACAGCAGUGCAUGGAGGAUGCUUUGAGUUGGGUUUGGAAUUGCAAUGAAGCUGAACAGACUCUGUAUAUAACAAGCUGAAAUAAAUAACAAUAAACAAAGACAGGCCAACUAUGUAUUUAAAUGUGCUGCUGCUGUUAAGUAAAAAGUUUAGAAAAGAAAAAUCCAUUCCAAAUCAGCAGUUUCUAGACAAAGGUUGUACAUACACUUAAACAUUAUUCUUCUUAAAGCCUGUUUUGUAUUAUAUACAAAUCAAGCUCCAGGGCUAGGACUGGAAGGAACCAUGUGAUUGUUUUUCUUAUUUCUAUAUUUAGGAAUAUAAAAGUCCUGGAUUCUAGAAAGGAGUCACUCCUAGGUGAAGAUUGGACCUUAAAACCACUAGCAAUCAUGCCCCAGGCCUUAUAUUUUCUCAUUUGUACAUUACAGUGUUGUUAAGGAUAAUGGGAAAAAUAUAUAUAUAUAUUUUGUUGUAUUGCUAGUGUAAAAUAAAAUUCAA